GGUGUGCACACAAACCAGCGAAUGUACGGCUGUGAGUGGGAUGAUGAGACUGGAGCAACAAAUGGGUUCUUCCAGGAUGGUUAUGAUGGAGAGGACUUUCUGUCUCUGGAUCUGAAGGAGAUGAGAUGGAUUUCUCCAGUGCAGCAAGGAUUCCUCACUGUACAGAAGUGGAACAAAGACACAGCCAACACUGAGUAUCAGAAACAGUACCUCAGCACUGUGUGCAUCGAGUGGCUGCAGAAGUAUCUACAGUAUGGAAAGAGCAGCCUGCAGAAAACAGUCCCUCCUCAUGUGUCUCUGCUGCAGAAGUCUUCCUCGUCUCCAGUCACGUGUCAUGCUACUGGGUUUUACCCCAAUGAAGUGAAAAUCUCCUGGAUGAGAAACGAUGAAGACCAUGAUGAGGAUGUGGAUCUCGGUGAGCUUCUUCCCAAUGAGGACGGGACCUUUCAGAAGAUGAGCACCAUCAGAGUUACACCUGAUGAGCUGAAGAAGAACCAGUUCAGCUGUGUGGUGGAGCAUCAGGGCAAAACCAUCAAAAAGACACUGACAGACGAUUCUCUUCCCAUCGGCAUCAUUGUUGGUGCUCUUGCGGCUGUCGUUCUGUUGGUUGUCAUCAGUGUCGUUGUGUUUAAGGUGUAUCAGAAAAAGAAAGGCUUCAAACCUGUCAGCGCCUCUGAUGAUGGUUCAAACAGCUCAGCUCAUUCAGAUGCAAAAGCAUAAAUAUGGGACUAGAUGUGUGGGAGAGAUGAAGUUGAAAAAAAUGAUGCUUAUCCUGCUGUCCAUCUUGCUUGCAACACUGAACAUAAACACUCUCAUAUACACACAGGAUCAUAUAUUUCUGUAAUGAGAUCAAUCUGCAUGUCUUAUUAAUUGGCAAUAAUUGAAAUAUGAAAAUGUUUUGCUUCUUCACACUUUUCUGUUCAUUCUUUUGUUUUAUAUUAAUUUUAUGAGCUUGUUAAUUUAAGAUGUAGAAAUAUGAGGCAUUGAUCUAAGAAAUUUAAAUGGAAAAUGUAUUUCUCUUCAGUGACAAAAAAGAAAGAAAGAAUACAAAUGAUUGAUUUGCAAGGUUGAUCUGUAGGUUUGUGAUAUCAGUACUAACCCUGAAAAAGACACCAGAAGCUAAAUUAGAAACCUGAAGUGUUUAUAUGCGGUGUACCUGGGUGCAACAGCCCUUCCCAGUCUAAGAAGAUUAAUCUCUAUAUUUAAAUGUUGUUUCUCUAGAGAGGAUUUCUGUGAUCAAAUAGUUUAUUAUACUUUUAAUUACUUUAAUUAAACUUUAAAAUGGUCUAGAUUGGAUGAAUUGUGGAAUCUGUAGGCUUCAUAUUUUAUUUGCUUGUUUGGGAUUUUAGGGCUUUUUUCUGUUUGUAUAUGUCCUUCUUUUUGUUUUAAAUAAUUUAGAUAAGAAGUUGUACUACACAGUGAUAACUGAUUCUUGCUAAACAAUUGUCAAUGAAUCUGAACAGUACAGUAAAAUCUAGAAUUUUUUCUUUAUUUGAGGUUUCUACAUCUGCUGAAGUAAGGCACAUGUUCUUUUUUUUGUAUAUUGGUUACCUUCCAAAAGUUGUAAUGUUGUUUUGAUUCCUUAAAAAUAAAUAAACCUCAUAAAAUGG